AUCAACUGGCUCUCGGUCGCAUUGUGUCUCCAUGGCAGGGACCACAGGCGCACAUCGUCCGAGUCCGAGCCUGGUUGUUGAUUUGCCGUCUGAUAUAUUUCAUCAGUUGAUUAACUGAUAGUAAGUCAGUAGGUCCGUUGGCCUUCACCUCAGUCCCCAAUUCCAUCCGAACUACAGGUCAGUGCAACGACAGGUCGGUCUCGCUUGCUUCGCCGAUUCUUCAUCACUCGCCCACUCCACAUGCAGUAUGAUAAACAAGAACGGCCUUCGUAGAGAAACAGAACUGACAUUCGUCAUUCAUAACCGAAUAUCCGCGCGAGGACUAGCCAGGUCCAUCGGAACAUGCUCGCCAUCUGCUUGGCUUAGAUGCCCCACAGGUCACCAUUCGCCUUCAGCGUAUGCCAGCAUAUACCAAAGGUCUGUCACCGAGACAAACAGCGGAUGGAUAAGUCAUUCUCCGCGCAGGUUUUCGACCCAUGCAGCUCGGGUACCUAGUGGCCGGGCCAUAUCCGACCGUUGACCCAGUCUCAGGGACCCGCACCGGCACCGGGUGGCCCCGACGACUUCCGGCUCCGUCAAGUGACACCGACGUCCUCCUUCCACAUGCUGUCGCAAGUGCGAGCGGCCCAUUGACGUUCUUUCCACGGAUUCAGGGACCCUCCCUCGACCGUGUUGGCUGUCGAAGCGCCCUUGUUGGCUUAGUGUCGCAUUUCCCACGGAUACAGCCCCCAAAGACGAUGCCGCCAAGGACUUAAUUAGUCCCGGGCUCCUCCGCCGACAGGCUGUCGCUUUGUAUUCUGCUUGCCGAGCCCUUUUCCACGAGCUGCCGCUCCCGUUGACCCUGGUCGUCGACUUGCAGCCCAUGACCUUGUCUCAUUGGUGGCCUUUGAUGCUCUCACCGCACGUCGCCCAAACUGAUGGAUAAGACUGGCGUCGUCGUGCCGCAUCACUGCGUCCGUCGCCCGUCCAACUCGUCAGCUGCUGCGCCGUGAUUCGCUCCAUCAAUAUGAGACUGAUGGCGCGCCCGACGCACCCAGCAGCCACGGCAAUCGAGAGAAUCGAAAUUCGGCCCAUCAUCUCGAAAUCCCCUCGUACCCUGCCGACCUCCGCGUCGCUAACGUGGCUCUUCAGACGGCUGGUGUCCCAUCCCUCGCCCUCGUAUCGUUGGCAGAGCCUCAUCAGCCAUUCAUUCCAACAUGGGCAAAGUCACCUCUGCUGAGCGUUGACUGUCAGACAGAAAAGCCACUUUACAAAUCCCAUCAUCCCAAAGAUGCACCGCCCGUGGGAUCAAAUGCAAGGCAUGCCCCUCCGUCACACAUACCCGUGCUCACACUUCAGGGACCCGUCCAUUCCCCCUCCCAAACGGACCAUGAUCGCCCUUGCCUCAAUCAUCAACAUCUGCACUCGGCCGUUGUCGAGUCGCUCAUACGUGAAGAACAGCCACGGCCUUGAUCGACCACAACUUUGCGCGUCUUGGUCGGAGCUACGUGACAUACGGUUCAUAUCUGUCAAUACGAUUCAGGUCUCGUUCCUUCAUCUUGGUCUUCGCAUUACCAGCCCUAUUGCUGUGCCUCUCAUCGCCGAUUCCGACCUCUUGGGGUGUGAUUGGGUGCAGUGCUGCUGUGCGUGUAUGCUGCGCUGUACACCCGCUCAGCCCCCUUCCGACAUACCUGCAGUUGGGCUUUCUUGGCCCUCCUCCCACCUCAAGGCUCCAGCGCAACCCGCCAUCUUCAUGAACCAAACGGCCCUUUAACGGCGUUGAUGUGAGGGAAAACGACUUUGCGAACCUUGGUACGCUCCUUGGAAUUCUGCUCGAAGGCUGUUUCUUGACUGUGUCUACAUGACACUCCCGCAACAUACCAGCAACACACGGCAACACGCCGCACUACUCGACGCUCAUACUCUUGUUGAUCCGGAAGCCCCCAGAUGACUGGAAAACUUCGCAACUACUUCCAAUACUCGUGACAAUCCAGUCGAUCGGCGCCACGAUGAAAGGUCUUGUUUCCUGCACACUUUGCGCUCUCUACCUGGGACUCGACUUGUGUAUUGGGAGGGCAUUUGGAGCAGAUUUUAAGAGACGAGAUGGAAUACACCGGCGGGAAAAGGCACACGUAACGGCCUUCCAUGACUUGAACCGGAGGGACCCGAUCUGUGCGACCGGAUACUCUGCUUGUGACUCCAGCUUGAACGGAGGAUGUUGCGAGUCGGGCUAUGCUUGCGCGACAGACUCAUGCUACGCGACAACAAGCGCACCACGGACGUGCAGGGGGAUGGUCGGAUACUAUCACUGCGACGGGGUGAUGGGAGGUGGUUGCUGUCCUGAAGGUUAUAUCUGCGAACGAGGCAACAAUUGUGUCGCCGCGUCCGGUGUCGCAUACUCUCAGUCGUGCCCGGCAAGCUACUACCUGUGUCCCGCCAGCUUGAGUUACGGCUGCUGCCGAGACGGUCUCGGGUGUGCCGUGAGCGCCUGUUACUCGACCGACCCCUCGACAUACACUAUCACAACGACGAUUACGACAACGAACGAUGUCACUCAAGUCGUUACCACGACCAUGACUGCAACAACUGUCCUCAUACCCUCCAGGCCCACGGUGGCCCCAACAGCUGUGGCGACCAUGGAAGCGGGCGACCCGAAUCAAGUGGUCCUCAAAUUCUACCCGAGCACAGUCCCAAAACAGCAGCCGAUAUCAGGAACAGGAAACAGCGACAACAAAGAAGGCUUGACGACGGGCCAAAUUGCAGGAAUCGUAGCUGGUGGUGGGGGUCUGCUCAUCGUCGUCCUGGUCGCAGCUUGGAUCAUCAUCCGUCACCUCAACAAGGUCGUCCAGGCAGUUGAAACCAGCAAUAAGGGCACCUCGUCGGGCGGGAAGUCGCGGCCUUCGAUGUACCAGUUCAAGCCUACACCGUCCGAGGUGGACGAUAUGAGUGUCGAUCCGCUUAUGAUGUCUCCUCGACCGUCACACCGGAGGCAUGAUUCCGAUACUACCGCCGACUUCACGCCGCCGUAUCGGGGCACACCGGGUUCCGCCGGCGACUACCAGCCCGUGCCGCAGGGUACAGGCACAGACCGGCACGCCAGCUACGACUCGGCCUACGCUGGAAGCUACUUUGACGUCCCGGACCAGAGCCACCGCAAUAGUCUGGGGUCGAGUGCGUGGAUUGGGCUGCAUCGGGGUAGCACAGAUUCUCAAGGCACCUACGCACACCUACGGCAUUGGAGCAACGCCAGCGAGGUGAGUAGCGAUCACGGAAGCGGGGGCGCUAGGACACCACUCCAAGAGCUCGACUCGACGCCGUAUGUACCGGAGCUGGCAGCCACACCCGUGCCUGACGCCGCGACCGAGACACGCCGUCGGUCAGCGGGCAGCCUCUCGGGCAUGAGCCGGCCGCCGGCCGUGCACCAGCGUCGUAGGAGCAGUGACGGCGGCCAUGGUAGGGCGAGAAGUGACAGCUCGGCUGCUGUUGGACUGAGUGUCGUGAGCGAAGACACGGAGCUGAUUGGGCACUAUGGUCCGUCGGAUCGGGCGACGGGCCAGACAUCGACCAGGAAGGAGGGGCGUUGAUGAUGAAUCGUCUCGUUGUCGAAUCAUCUUGGUAUUGCUCCUCGGCCAGUUUCGUCUCUCUGGAAAGAUUCCAAGGGUCUGGUGGUACGCGGGCGGGGACACGACACCGGACUUCCGAGUCGGAAUGCUUUGAGUUCAACGAGGCUAAAGGACGAACUCUUUCCGAAGAUGCUGUGAACUUGUCUUCUUGAAGCUGGGUUUCGCGGUAAUGGGCCUCAAUAGUCGCGGUGUCGUCGGGAUAUGGAUUCGAUGAUUGGUAUUGAGGGAAGCGUCUCUUUCCCCCCUACCUCUAGGAAAACUCCGAAUCGGAAACUGAAGAAUUCUGGCCAUAUUCCCACCACGGUCUGAGUUCUGUGCGGGCUGGGCGGGAUACACGAUAAAUGCGCACGGCGUUACUCUACCGGCGAGUGGAGCCUUUUGGAGGUUUGGAGCUGGCCGACGUGCCUCUCGCUGCGAAAAAAGCCGAGAGCCGGUUACAGGGAUUUCGGCGUUUUUUGUCUUUCUGGGGUUUAACUAGGUUCGACUAUCAUACAUGAUACCUGUUUUCUUCGUCCGCUUGAUAUCUGAGGAGUGCUGUGACUUGUUC